ACUGUACCUGGCACCGGUCCAUUUGGCAGGAUAGGUUGCAGGUGGCCGUAAAUGGGUUAGUUAGACCAGGGCACAGACAGCCUGGGACAUUAAAAAAAUCUCUCUCUCACACUCACUUCAUAAUGUUGGUGUUUCAUCAUGUUGCUUUUUUUCCCUCCCUUUUUACAUAUGCAGCAUAAUUAAUGUACACAAGCUCCUCUCUCAUUCCUCUUUGACCCUUAUAAAUAUGCACCAAGGAGUGCUGGAUUAGGGUCGAGUGUCCUUUUCUAAAGCUCAGCGUGUGUGUUUGGGUGUGAGCGGACGCUUGCAUGCUCGAGUGUUUGUGUCUUAAAUCCGGGCGGAGCAGAACGCGGCCCGCUGUAAGCCCAGGCAUGUGUGAUUUGUGUGAUUGGGUUUAGACGGCGUUGGUCGGUGGCGACGUCUUGGGGGUCCAGAUGACCGGAUGCUCCACGGGCAACGCACGCUGUCCUUCUAACGAUAUCAAGUUUGCACCAUCACUGUGGGCCUCAGAGGACGAGCUGUUUGUGGAAUAGAUCCAAGAUUCUUGUAACUUUUCUGCUAGCCACAUCCUGUUCAAACACAUCUCUCUCCUCUCGUAUACCCUCCUCUGUCUGUCCUGCAGCCCGCUCUUAUUCCCUCUUGCUCAACAGACCCUUACACAUUUCAGUCCUCUCCCCACAUACACCCCCCCUCAAUCUGGCCCCUUUCUCUUCUUUUAGCUUUCAUUUCCCGUUCCUUAUCUCCUUUACCUGCAUGAGAAGGACAGUCUUCCCCAGUCUUGUCCCAAACUCUCACUACACCCCUCUCCUAAAGCUUCUUUUCCACUAAUGGGCACCAUAUCAGACAGCAGCACCACAUUCCCUUCAUUGUCACUGAGAACCUCUCUCCACCCCUAACUACCUUGCCAACACGAACAUCAACACAAUCCAAUGGAGACAAAAGAUAUGAUGAUGACGAGCAUGCUGACAAUGGACAAAGGGGAGAAUGAGGGAGAGAGGGACAAGGAGGGAGAGGACAUGGGGGGAGAAGAUGAUGGGACACAGCGUGAAAAUGGCAGACUUAUGCUUGCUGAUGGGCUUGCAGACAGAGGUCCCAAGAGCAUGACAUCUGGCUCUGGCCAGCAGGUGUCCAAUGGCUUCACAACAUCCACCCCUCAGAGCCCCAGGGAGGGCCCAGGAACUGCAGCUUGCGCUGCGGGUACAGCCUCAGGACCCGGAGGCGGUACUGGAUCCUCAGCACCUCUGGGAGGCCUAAGGACUCUGAUGGUCCAGCAAACAAGCUUGGACAGACCCAGAGAAACCUGGAGCAAGAAGAUGGACUUCCUUCUGUCUGUGAUUGGCUACGCCGUGGACCUGGGAAAUGUCUGGCGCUUCCCAUACAUCUGCUACCAAAACGGAGGAGGUGCCUUUUUGCUGCCCUACCUGUUGAUGGCAGUGUUCGGAGGGGUGCCUCUGUUUUACAUGGAGCUAGCUCUCGGCCAGUUUCAUCGCAGUGGCUGCAUCUCCAUCUGGAAACACAUCUGUCCCAUCUUCAAAGGGAUAGGCUUUGCCAUCUGUAUCAUAGCCCUCUACGUAGCCUUCUACUACAACACCAUCAUGGCCUGGGCCUUGUACUACCUACUGUCAUCAUUCCGGCCCACUUUGCCUUGGUCCACCUGCACCAACCCCUGGAAUACAGCCAACUGUAACCGCUACAUGUCCUCAGACCACAACGUGUCCUGGUCCAACUCCUCUACGUCCCCUGCCGAGGAGUUCUAUACCCGGCAGGUGUUGCAGGUCCAUCUCUCCCCAGGUCUGCACGAGUUGGGCUCUAUCAGCUGGCAACUGGCUUUAUGUCUGCUCUUCAUCUUCACCAUUGUUUACUUCAGCAUCUGGAAAGGAGUCAAGACGUCUGGAAAGGUAGUUUGGGUGACUGCUACCUUUCCCUAUUUGGUCCUCCUGAUCUUGCUCAUCCGUGGGGCCACCCUGCCAGGGGCCUGGAGGGGUGUCGUCUUCUAUCUCAAACCUGACUGGGAGAAGCUGCUUUCCACUACUGUCUGGAUUGAUGCAGCAGCUCAGAUCUUCUUCUCUCUGGGUCCGGGAUUUGGCGUGCUCCUUGCCUUUGCCAGCUACAACCCGUUUCACAACAACUGCUACAAAGAUGCGUUGGUCACCAGCUCAGUGAACUGUCUGACGAGCUUUCUGUCUGGCUUUGUCAUCUUUACUGUGCUGGGCUACAUGGCUGAGAUGAGGCAACAGAAUGUGGACGCUGUGGCAAAGGAUGCAGGUCCCAGUCUGUUGUUCAUCAUUUAUGCAGAAGCCAUAGCAAACAUGCCUGCUGCCACCUUCUUUGCCAUCAUCUUCUUCCUCAUGAUCAUCAUGUUGGGUCUGGAUAGCACGUUUGCAGGCUUGGAAGGAGUAAUCACAGCUAUGCUAGAUGAGUUCCCUCAUUUGCUGGUUAAGAGACGAGAGUGGUUCGUCUUUGGCCUCGUGUGUGUGUGUUACCUUGGAGCUCUCUCUACACUUACAUAUGGAGGAGCGUUCGUAGUGAAGCUGUUUGAGGAGUACGCUACGGGCCCUGCAGUCAUCACUGUGGUGCUGCUGGAAGUCAUUGCAGUGUCCUGGUUCUACGGCACCAACCGUUUCUGUAAUGACGUGCAGGUCAUGCUUGGUUUUUACCCGGGUUGUUUCUGGAGGGUCUGCUGGGUGGCCAUCUGCCCCUGCUUUCUGCUGUUCAUCAUCAUCAGCUUCUUGGCCUUCCCUCCAGAGGUCAGGUUGUUUGAGUACCAAUACCCACCAUGGACCACUGUCCUGGGCUACUGCAUCGGGGUGUCGUCAUUCAUCUGUGUGCCCUCUUACAUGGUCUACCACCUGCUCAAUGCUAAGGGCACAUUCAAACAGCGUCUGUUAAAAAGCAUCACUCCAGUGCCCGGCGGUGACAGCCACAGGGAUUUUAUUGUCACAAAUGCAGUCUGACCAAACCCUGACCAAAAGAAAGGUGCAACUCUACCUACCUGGAGUGCCCUCUUCUGGACAUACUGCAAAACUACAGGACAAGGGGGCUACCUUUCACCGUCUUUGCCUCUUUUCGUGCAUCUCCUACACUCGUUCCAACCAAGAUGUAGAAAUUUAAAUGGAGUUAGAUGAAGCCAGGCGUUAGUUGAUAUGUCUAGCUUGGUUCAGAUCGGAUCCUCGUGCUGUUUUUUUUUCCUCAGUUUUGCAGAAUCUCUGUGGUCACCUUCUCAUUUCUGUCCCACCUAAAAGGGGUCACCAGAGUCACUCAGUGACCAGGUUUUUCUUCAGGUCACCCAGCUCUAACAGUAAUUUUAUAUAAUAAGUGAUAAGUAUGACACAAUUUCUUUAAUGUAGACAGUAAAACAUGUACCCAAACAGGAGAUACUGUACAAUGAACUCAGUCAGCGAAGGCCAGAUAAAUACAUUACAGUCCACUUUGCUCUGACUGUUAAUGGUUGUAUUUUUAUUUAAUGCUGUUAAGUUAUGCAUUCUAAUAUGUAGCAAAAUUCAGGUAUCUUUUACAUCUGUUACUGAAGCCAAAUAUAUGAUAUCUGUUCUGUUCUUGUUUCUAAAGCCGUUUCAAUAUUGUUGUGGUUUUGUUGUGUUGACUGUCAGCCUGUGUUUAUUUGGUGGCAUCUUGGAGGAAGGACAGAUCUGCAAUGAGGUUCCUACACUGUGAAACACUGUCUGGUAGUAGUAUGAAUUUGUACGUUUGUGACUGUGUGUGGUCAUGUAAAAGAGAGACUGUUAUAAUAACCAGUGGAAAGUAACCACUUGUAUUCAUUCUUGUAACUGCAAUAUAACACAAGUUUAUUUUACAAUGUAGCAGUGCUGUCGUUGCAUCUUUCACCACACAUUACCAGACUCAGUGCCGAUGGUCUUUGUUUAAUUACACUCAUGCUCUGCGCUCUGCCGUCAUACUGCGUAACUGUCAGUAAGAGAAGCCAAAUAUGGAUCAGAGCUAAUACCAUUACCAGUAUCACAGUCUGAAAGUCAGCGUUACUGCGAUUUACUUUCUACCAAAAAAUCUGUCUGCCUGUGUGUGUAUGCGUGUAUGUAUGCUCCAGAGAGUAUCUGUGUGUAUGUAGGAGCAGGAGUUAAAAAUAUGGCGAGUACUGUACAUGUACAUGUGUAUUUACUAGUCAGUCUGGUAUUAAUGUAAUCCUGUGAAUGCCUGUCUCCUCCUCAUUCUCCCGUUGACGUGCGAAUGUGUGCGCGUGUGUAUGUGUGUGCGCACGUGUGUGUGUACACCUCAGGUAGUAUGUUGUACGGGUUAGAGGUGUUCAGCCCCUUUAUGUGUGCAUGCAGUGGUGUGUAUGUGUCCUGUGCUACAAAUGUGUGUGUGCGUGUGGGUGGGUGUCUGUGACGUGCUCCUGUUGUCUUGUUAAAUGCCAAAACAUCUUAUGAAGAAAUUAAACUCCCUCUUGCCUCGCUCUCUCGUACCUCUCAAGCUUAUCUGCGAUCCUUGUAUGUCAAUAAAAGACUAUUGAGACUACAACUGUAUAGAAUAAAGAUAUAUAUAUAUAUAUAAAAAUAUAUAUAUACAAAUAAAUAUAUGGGAAAUAACAGAUAAUAAAGUUAUAUGGAAUUAAACAAUGAACUCUGUCAUCUUAUCUGUAAGUUUUUGUGUUUGUCCAUUCUUGUUCACAAUUUGAUGAAUUCAAGCAAUCAGGAAGUGCAGAGGGUUAGUAAGGAAGAGGCGAGGGCAACUAUGAAGAGCAGAAAGGCAGAGGUAUGGAGAUGUCCAGGAGACUCAAAGUUGUUUUUUU